CCCUCUCUGUCUCUCUCCUCCCUCAGUGCUAAUGUAAGCAUGGGCUGCGGAAUUCAUCAGUAGUCUUCAGUUUUCUUCUUCUACUUCCCAAAUGCUCCUGUCUCUCUCUCAUCCCUACCGAAACUUCUCCUCCUCUUCCUCCACCUCCUCUUUCCUCCCAUUCCAUCACCCUCCUCCUUCCCUCCUUUCCCCUCUCUUCCGCACCGCCAAACCUAUCUGUGCAUCCAUCUCCGACCGUGCUUCCCAACGCGUCGAUAAAACCCUUGCCAAGUCUGCCAUUCACCGCAUUUCCGAGAAGCUUCGCAGCCUCGGCUUCAUAGAGGACUCUUCCCCAUCCGAGAAGCCCCCAACCGGCCCUGGCUCCGCAGGUGAGAUCUUCAUCCCCACCCCUAAAGACCUCCCUAAUCACCGUAUCGGCCACACCAUUGAUUCGAGCUGGAGCACGCCGGCGCAUCCUAUCCCUGAGCCUGGCAGCGCCAUUUGUAGGCAGCAUGAUUACUGGAAGGAGAAGAUGAGGACGCGGCCGUGGUCGCCCGAGAACGCACCCUCGGUUGCGGAGCUGACGCUGCCGCCAGCGGAGCUGAAGAGGCUUAGAGCUGAGGGCAUACGGUUGGAGAAGCGGCUUAAGGUUGGGAAGGCUGGAAUCACCGAGGGAAUCGUGAAUGGAAUCCAUGAGCGCUGGCGAAGGUUUGAGCUUGUAAAGAUCAGGUGCGAGGAUCUCUGCCGCAUGAAUAUGAAGAGGACACACGAAAUCCUGGAGAGAAAAACUGGGGGUCUAGUUGUUUGGAGAUCUGGAAGUGUCAUCAUCUUGUACAGAGGGGCCAAUUACAAGUACCCUUAUUUCAGUGAUGAUAAUAGUUGGAAAGGCAAUCCUAAUAUUUCAUCUACUGAUUCUAGCACCAGUGAAGAGAUUCAUUCUGAACAAGAGGAAGCUUUACUUGCCAAUAAAUUUGUGAAGUCACCCAGCAUUUCUGCACAGUCGGCAUCUGUAGUCAUUGGUGUUGGCUCACCUAUGAAGUUACGGCUACAACUACCUGGGGAGAUUCAAAUGGAAGAAGAAGCUGAUCAGUUAUUAGAUGGAUUGGGUCCACGUUUCACUGACUGGUGGGGCUCCAACCCUCUACCAGUUGACGCUGAUUUAUUACCAGCUAUUGUUCCUGGAUUCAGGAAGCCAUUCCGUCUACUUCCAUUUGGAGUGCAGCCAAAACUAACUGAUCGGGAAAUGACCAUAUUACGAAGGCUCAGCCAUCCCUUACCUUGUCACUUUGCACUAGGGAGAAACAGGAAUCAUCAAGGGCUGGCAAUUUCCAUGAUCAAGCUAUGGGAAAAAUGUGAGAUUGCUAAAAUUGCUGUAAAGAGAGGUGUUCAGAAUACCAGCAGUGAGAUCAUGGCGGAGGAACUAAAGAAGCUGACUGGUGGAACUCUUUUAUCAAGGGAUGGGCAAUUCAUUGUCUUCUACAGAGGGAAGGAUUUCCUGCCUCCUGCAGUUUCUAGUGCAAUAGAAGAGAGGAGAUCUGAAAUCAUUAAAUUGAAGCAGAAUACAAAUGAAAAUAUGAAAACUCCUCUUUCUUAUGAGCCAGGUAUGAGAAGAUCUGCUUCUGUAUAUGAACUCCAAGAAGCAACCGAAACAGAACAGCCAGCAGCCAAGAGAGAGACGUUGAAUCCUGUAACUUCAGCUCUUGAAAGAGUAAAUGCUAAAUUAUCUCAGACCUUGUUAAAGAAGGAGAAGGCAGAACAACUUCUUGCUGAGUUAGAGAAAUCUGUCAAGCCACCACUAGUUGAACCUGACAGGGAGGCUAUUUCAGAAGAAGAGAGAUAUAUGCUAAGGAAAGUUGGUCUGAGGAUGGGACCAUAUCUAUUGCUUGGUAGAAGAGGGGUUUUUGAUGGAACAAUUGAAAAUAUGCAUCUUCACUGGAAAUAUCGGGAACUUGUAAAGAUACUUUCAAAUGGCAGGUCCAUGGAAGAAAUUGAAACCACAGCUCGGAUUUUAGAGGCUGAGAGUGGUGGUAUAUUGGUGGGCAUCGAGAGAGUGAGAAAAGGCUAUGCAAUUAUUGUAUAUCGGGGGAAAAACUAUCAGCGACCAGCUAUGUUGAGGCCUCAAACACUCUUAUCAAAAAGGGAAGCUUUGAAAUGCUAUAAAGAGGCUCAACGACGUGAGUCAUUGAAACUGCAUGUCCUGAGCCUUUCCAGAAACAUAGACCAGUUGCAGCAAAAGUUGGUGUAUGGAGAUCCCAUGAUAGACUCUGAGCAAUUAACUGAAUUUGGAAGAACAAACAGCAUGACCAAGACCAAUGAUCUCAGUGAAUCAUAUGAGAAAAGCCCUGGAGUUUCUGGAAGAUUUGCUUCUGAUCAGGAGAACACUGAGAAGGUUGAGGGGAACAAGGAGAAUAUUGAGGAAGUGUGUGAAGAAUAUGUAGAAAUUACGCAUUCCAAUGUGCAAGAUCAAGUUCUUAGUGUUGCAGGAGAAUCAGACAAACCUUCAAAUAAGUCGAAAGUUUCAAAAUUUGAUAAGCUUACAGAAGAUGGAGUUCUGCAGUCAGUCUCUAAGUCUAGUCGUAUCAUGGCAGUUUCCAAUGAUGAAAUGAGAUCUACAUCUGAAAACGUUGCUUUUCAUACUGAAAUUGUUGACACAUAUGUGGAAGAUUCUUCAACUUCAACAACUAAUACGCAAGGUGCAACUCAUUUAUUAGAUAAAGAGCCAACAAAUGCGUCACUUGGAAGUUCACUGACCAUAGCUGAUGCUUCUAUUUAUGAGGAUGGUACAAACAUAGAUUCCAAUGUACAAAUUCCUUUCAAAGCUGCACCGUUAUCUAAUCGAGAAAGGCUCAUGUUGAGAAAGCAGGCUCUCAAAAUGAGAAAACGUCCUGUGCUUGCUGUUGGGAGGAAUAAUAUCAUCACAGGGGUUGCAAAGACAAUAAUGACUCAUUUCAAGAAGCAUCCUCUUGCCAUUGUGAAUAUCAAAGGUAGAGCCAAAGGAACUUCAGUCCAAGAGAUUAUAUUUGAACUUGAGCAAGCUACUGGGGCUGUGCUUGUUUCACGAGAACCGAACAAAGUGAUCCUAUACAGGGGUUGGGGAGAUGGUGAAUUAUGGGGAAUGAAAGAGCCAGAUGCAAGAAAGAAAUCAACCGCGGCCAAUGGUGCAGUUUCCCCUCAGCUUAUGGAGGCCAUCAAACUUGAAUGUGGACUGCAAACCGAUUAAAUGUGAGUGCCUCUAUAGAGUUUUCUUGUGAGCUUUUUUGGAACUGUCAUUAUAUAGUUGCAUGUUCUUGGGGCAAAUACCGUCAGAGCAAGUGAUUUUUUGAUGCCUUUUGUGCCCUUCCAUUUCUUAAACUUUACUGGCAUUAUAGUUAUGAAUGCAGCAUUUUCAUGGUCACAAAAUUUCUGAGAUGUAA